AUGAUAUCGUCGAAAGAGCAAUAUCUCAAGUCUAUGUUUUUGGGAUGGAUGGCGGCGAACAUGUCAUAUCCCUAUGCUCGAGGUCUGACUUAUGCUGAGUUUCCAACCAAGUUUGUUUGGAAGGACGAUGCUUCAAAGUGGUUUCCUCGAAAGCAAGGCUUCACAAUUGGAAGGUUGACUCAUGUACCUGCAGAGUUAACCAUGUCAGAGGAUGAGAUUAAUCAGUUGUGCUUAAUGGAUAUAGACAAGAUCUUACAUUCUUAUGGUAAAACCUUGAAAUACUAUCCUCCUAUGCCUUUAGCAAUUGAAGUUGAUAGUUCAUUGUUAACCGAAAGGGUUAUCAGGGAAGAGCUAAACUUUAACAGGGAUGAUUUAAAGAAAAAUGCCUCAAACAUGGGUUUUUUCUUUGUGUAUGGUUAUGGGGGUACUGAAAAAACAUUUCUCUGGAACCUUAUGUCUGCUGAGAUUCGCUCAAGGGGUGAUAUUGUGUUAAACAUUGCUUCAAGUGGUAUUGCAUCUUUACUUCUUCCCAAUGGAAGAAUGGCACACUCAAGGUUCAAAAUACCGCUGAAUAUAACUGAGGAUUCUUUAUGUAACAUCAAACCUGGUUCUCUUCAAGCAAUGAUGCUGUUGAAAGCCAAACUUAUAAUUUGGGAUGAGGCUCCAAUGGUUAGUAGGUACUGUUAUGAAGCGCUUGAUAAAUGCUUAGGUGAUAUCAUGAGGUUUUCUCCAACAUAUAACAAAGAUUUGCCCUUUGUAGGAAAAGUGGUUGUACUAGGUGGAGACUUUAGACAAAUUCUUCCUAUCAUUUCACGAGAAUCAAGAUAA